AUGUCUGCUCCAGCCGCCGAAUGGAUCAGCGACAGAUCGCGUGAAGAUACGCCGCCGGAGCGCGACCUUCCAGAAGGCAACGACGGCCCGUCUCACCAGCGCACGAGCAAGAAGCGCAAGGUUCUGUCAUGCUACGCCUGUCGCGCCCGCAAAAUGAAGUGCGACCGCGUCCUUCCCGUAUGCGGGCGCUGCCAAAAGACGGGAAGACGGCAUGAAUGCACAUAUGAUCCGCGCCUCCUGGAAGAGUCCAAUGUCAAUGUAGCCACACGAGCUGACGAUGCCACUUCCACCCUCCUGGCCGAGCGACCUGCAGACAUUGACCUCUCUUCCGACACAUGCCACGUCUUGCAGCGGAAAGUCAGAGCUCAAGAAGAACGCAUUGCAUUGCUAGAGCAGCAGCUGGCCCAGCGGCACACUAAACACAAGUCACGGUACCAUGAUGUCCUACCCGAAGAGCCAAUAUUCACAGAGGACAUUUUGUUCAAAGGGAAAGGGUUCAAGGCUCAGUUUCAUGGCGUGACAAGUGUUAUGAGCAUCGCAUCAACGUAUCAUGAGCUGCAUCUCUUCACACGCGAAGCUCUCAACCUCGAUCAUUCUCUCGUACAUGUCGGAAAUGACUUCAGAGCGUCCCGUGAUCGAAGGAAGAAGUCUGCCAGAGAGUCUAAUGUCGCACUCUAUGAUGCUGAUGCUAACGUGUUGGCUGCACUUCCUGAGAAGAGUGUCGUCGACACGCAGGCUGCUAAGUACUUUCGGACGUGUGAAACCAGCUACAGAAUUCUGCAUGGGCCAUCCUUUUGGGAAGAAUACCAGGCUUUCUGGGAGAAUACCUGCACCCACAAAGAACGCGUCAGCUUUGCCGUCGUUCUCGUAUUGAUCAUCUCCAUCACAAAGUGCCUCGACCAGAAAGACAAUGUCUUCGUUGGUGAUACGACUAUUGAUCGGCAGACCGCUGACGUUCUCAUUCACACCUGCGAAAUCUGGAUUAAGCUGCAGCCUCGGAAGCAGACAACCCUACCUUUCCUCCAAUCAGCAUGUCUUCUGCUGGUUGCCAAGCGGGUCAAUUGUGUGGGGAUGAAGCAGGACUGGAUCAACUCUGGUGAUCUUCUUCGGCUUGCUCUCGCAUCUGGUCUGCACCGCGACCCAGCCUUACAAGGAAGCGGUAGAAUUUCAAUCUUCAAUCAACAAAUGAGGAAACGGCUGUGGAUCACAGUUGUGGAAUUAGAACUGCAAUCUUCGGUCGAGACUGGCCUCCAAUCUGGGCUAACGGCCCUAUACUUCGACACGCCUGCGCCAGCUCAUCUUGCAGAUGAGGUUUUCUCUGCGAACACAAAGCAACUGCCACCAGAUCAAUCGGAUGAAGAAUUUACCUCCACCUCAUUCAUUACCGCAAGCCUGAAAUCGUUGCCACUUCGCAUUCAUCUUACGCAUCUGCUGAACACGCCCUCCAGCAAUAUACAGUAUGCCGAUGUUUUGCACUUUGACGCUCAGAUACACACAGCUGUCUCCGCCUUGCCCAACUGGAAUAAUGAAUCUGCCGUAGUGCCAUCUGCACUUCUCCGCUUGCAGUUACUUCAAUAUCUUCUGAUAUUGCACAGGCCGUUUGCCCAAUCGGCCUCGAAAAACAACCGCUUCAUGUACUCCUUCAGGACAUGUGUGGAUGUUUGUAAUUCCAUGAUUACGAUACACGGCGACCUGUUAUCGAAGAGUAUCUCUUUUCUUAGUAACAUCCGCAACGACGUCAUGAGAGUUGGUUUGACACUGUCUCAAUUAACAUUCCGAAAUUGCGCAAUCAACCCGGUGAAGUCAUCAGUAGCACCAACCGGCACCCCUAACACUCAAUCUGUCAACCCUACAGCCUCUUUACCGGAUAUUACGAUGACCAAACGCGGGGCUCUGCUUGGUGACACAGUGUACCUUGCCUCACUACCGCAAAACGCCUUCCUGGUCAAGACACUAUGUACAUCAUCCCUCGAGAUCCUUGAACGCACAAGGCAAAUUUUUGAGCAGAAAGUACUUAGGCUAGGUACUGGAUACAUGGAGUACUGGAUUCUGUCGGCUGCAGUGGGUAUAUUGCCACCCCCGCCUUCGCCAUCUCUAUCCACGACUCAUAUCGACAAUCCAGGAGAUGAAGUUGUUUCUCGAUGCCGGAAAGCCAUUGGCUAUUUUACCGCUUUAGCGUCCAAGGUGAUAGCUUUGCAGCAAGACCGGAACAAUGACUUGGCUGCUUCUUUCCGCACCACAAUGUCAAGAGCUUCGCGAGCCAAGGAUGCCGCGCAUAGUAUGCAUCAAAGUGGCUUUGAAACCGACAGUGUAUCUGGGAUGAAUGAAAGAGCGUUCGGAGGCUCGGCUUUCACUCAUGCGAGCGGGGCAGAUGCUACCGAUCCCAACUCUGGAAGCUCUCUGGGCGACAUGUAUUCGCCAUUUGACAUGUUGCAAGACAUGCAGAUUGAUGGCAGUAAUUGGUCUUUCCCAGAUUUUUGGACUUUCGACCUAGCGGCUGAAUUUUGAAACUCUACUAUCAUUCGCAACAAUUACCUUUUUUCUUUGGAGGAUCUCGUGAAACAUGAAGGCUUGUCUCAUCUUGCCAAGCAGCCCCAAAGCUUAUUUCGUCAGCCUUGUUUUUCCAUUUAAUCAAUUGUAGAUUAACCAGCUAGCCGCAUGCAUGGUACACCCGGCAAUGACCGAGGCUGAGUUGCGUCACCUGUGAGGUAGUGUUUUACUGCCACGCAACCUUCUCAAUACUAUCGCACUUAUAGGUCAAGCCAUUGAGUUCGGGAAUACUUACUGGCCGAGACUGAGGCUGUGUGCUCCGCCCACAGCAUGCCAAUCACCUUGUCACACUG